AUGCGUUGGACAAAACCUAUGAAUGAAAACGCAUUGCGGGCGUACUAUAGGGCGAAAGGGGAAGAAACUGUGGGAAUAGCGUAUAGGUCUCGGAUGCAUUGCUUUUUUGCUGAGCUGGAGCCUUCUACCCCCGUCACGGAACAAAACCUGGCAGACCGAGUUCGGUACAUCAUGCGCUCGAAAAUAUUUGAUGAUGCCGAACUCGGACGACUACGACGUGAGGCUAUUCCGUCGUCGAGUGAAUCGGCUAUGGCUGGAGAUGCAGCUCCACAUUCGACAGACCAGCAUCCACACGUGGAAGCCGCCCUGGAUCUUCCCGUUGUGGUUGAUUCGAACGACGAUGAAAUAGUCUCCCACGAACUAGAGAAAAUGAGGAGUAUACUGGAAGAGGCGAUUUUGGAAACGCGCAGCACCCCUAUCGAAAAUCGACCGCGACUUCCCCGCAUACCCCUAAGCAAGCGAAAUCGGGCUGUCGUGAGGGCUCUUAACCCAAUGCUGGUGACCUAUUUGGAAGCCAGCCGGGACCUUUGCGAGACGGACUCAAUUCUCUUUGGCGCCGCAGUGGCAGUUUGCCGUAUUAUUGGCGCCAAACUUCCCAUGGCUGGACGCGCUACUACACAAAGUAGCGCCAUCCCAGCCUGGAGAAAAAGAAUCGAGGACCGUAUCGCAAAGGCAAGGGCCCUUAUCGGCAGACUGACAAGCUUCAGGUCGGGUAAUAAUAGACCGAGGAUUAUGCGCACCGUUAGGAUGGCGUUUGCUGGGACAAAUAUCAGUUUGUCCCAGCCGGAUAUCACGCAGAAACUAACGGAGCGCAUAGACGACCUGAAGCAAAAGAUCGCUGCUUGGGGGAAGCGGAUUCGACGAUUUACCGACAGGUCAAGGCGGUUCAACCAGAAUCGUCUCUUCCAGAGUGAUCAGAAGAGGCUCUAUAAAUCAUUGGAGCGGCCAAAGGUAUGUGGAGCGGGCCAAGGACCGGAUCAGGCAGACAUUAUCGCAUUCUGGCGUGGCCUGUGGUCAGAGCCCGUAAACCACAGCGAGGGCCCUUGGAUGGAAGUUGUGGCGAGCCAGGGUGCGAGUGUUACGCCUAUGGACCCCAUCACCGUAACGCCGGAAGACGUGGCUGAGGCGGUCCGUAGGGCCCCGAACUGGAAAAGUCCGGGGCUCGACGGGCUGCAUCAUUACUGGCUGAAGGGGUUCAUAGUGUGUCACGCUGUGCUCGCCCGACAGUUUCAAGAGGCUCUCGACCAGAAGUCGCUCCCGAGCCUCUUCACUACUGGGAUCACUCACUUGGUUCCUAAAGAUCAGGAUACCACAGACCCGAGCAAAUACCGCCCCAUCACGUGGCGAAAGGGGGAGAAAUUGGAGGUUUCGCGUAUCGGGCUAGGAUGCAUCGUCUUUUUUACUGAGCUGGAGCCAUCUAUUACUGUCACCGAGCAAAACCUGGCAGACCUAGUUCGGUAUAUCUUACGCUCAAAUAUAUUUGAUGGCGCCGAACUCGAACGGCUACGACGUGAGGCUGUUCCCUCAUCAAAUGAAAACGCUACGACUGAGGGUGCGGUGCCACAAGUUGCAGAACAACCCGCACACAUGGAUGCCGCCGAGAAUACCCCAGUGGUUGCUGAUUCAAAUGAUAAAGGAACAUUCACCCAGGAACUAGAAAUAGAGCAAAUGAGGAGUACAUUGGAAGAGACGAUUAUGGAAACGCGCAGUACGCCUCUCGAAAAUCGACCGCGACUUCCCCGCAUAGCCCUAAGCAAGCGGAAUCGGGCUGUCGUGAGGGCUCUGAACCCAAUGCUGGUGACCUAUUUGGAAGCCAGCCGGGACCUUUGCGAGACGGACUCAAUUCUCUUUGGCGCCGCACUGGCAGUCUGCCGUAUUAUAGGCGCCAAACUUUCCACGGCUGGACGCACUACUGGACAAAGUAGUGCUAUCCCAGCCUGGAGAACAAGAAUUGAAGAACGUAUCGCAAAGACUAGGGCCCUCAUCGGCAGACUGAUAUGCUUCAGGUCAGGCAAUACCAGGCCAAGGAUUGUGCGCACCGUCAGGAUAGCGUUUGCUGGGACAAAUGUUAGUUUGUCCCAGCCUAUCCGGCUGCUUAAUGCAAAAACUGACGGAGCGCAUAGACGACCUGAAGCAGAGAAUCGCUGCUUGGGGAAAGCGAAUUCGGCGAUAUACCGAGAGGUCGACACGGUUCAACCAGAAUCGUCUCCUCCAGAGUGA